AUGGCACCGCCCAACCUCACCGGUUUCGAUCCCAAGAAGUUCGCCGCUGCCGCCGGCACGCCCGCAAACGACCCGUGGAAGAGGCGCGAGACCUGGAGGUACACGGGUCCCUUCUCGCGUUGGAACCGCUUCAAGAACGCCUUCCCGGGACUCGGCAUUGCGACUGUUGCUUUCGGCGUCUACCUCGGAUACGAGGCUAUCUUCCUCAAGGACGAUCAUGCGCACCACGGCGAGGGCCACCACUAG